AUCAGACGAACACCGUGUAGGUAGGUGAGGACGGCCAGAGUGUUUCAACUUUGCUAAUCACUUCUCCGUGGUACACAGCAAUCCAUGUCUGAAGACAUUGAGCAGCAAAUUUCCCUACUUCGCAAAUCACGAUGGGUUAACCUCUCUGGGCUCGUUGAUUGUGCUAUGAAACGUCUUUCAAAACCGACCUGCCAAUCCAUCCAACUUCUCGGAAACGGCAGCUACAACACCGUCUACAAACUGGUGUUCGUUGAUGGCACUGAGAUUGCCGCUGGCGUGUCAGUACAUGAUGAUGAGGACUUUAAUCCCCAGGCGAAGCUGUCUGAGAUAGCCACGAUGCAGUUCGUUCGCGCGUCCGGCUUGUAUCCAGAUAUUCUGGUCCCACAAGUCCACGGUUGGGACAUCACAUUUUCUAAUCCAGUUGUCGUUUACGGACGAAAGCUCAACGAUCUCAACAAUAAUGACAAUAGCCUUUGUGGUCUGGAUGGUAUGUCAGAAGUGCAGCAACUAACCAUCACAAAAACUCUGGCAAAGUUACAAUCUGCUUUGUCAGCACCUGCACCCAUUACCCUCAAUGACGAAGGAAGCUCUAUCAUGGGACCACUCUUCACCCUCACACAGCAGAACCUUGGGGGUCCGUAUAAAUCCCUCACAGAUCUCUGGAGAACCCGACUGGAGGAUGAGAUCUUGCAUGCUAUGAGGGAAUGGUCCAGGCUUGAGACGGACCAACUUUCACAAUCCCUGUCAGAGCCCAAAUGCACCCCUCAAAAGUUUUCUGAACUCUACCAACUUCUCUCCUCGCUCAUACCUCACUUCGUCCCUCCAUCAUCUUACCUUUCCUUGGUCUUACAUCAUCCUGACCUCGCACUCCGCAACGUCUUUUUUGAUCCAACUGACGACACCAAAAUCGUAGGCCUCAUAGACUGGGGCGGCGCACAGAUUCUCCCUCUCAUGCUCACCGCCAAAGACCAGGGAUCCCCGACUGAGGGUUGGAACACCGUGCCGCAUAACUGGACUUCGUUCGGUGACACUUCCAAGUGGCCGAAGGUCUUCCGGGGUCCAAAUGAUCAACACUUUGGUGUAUGUUUUGCCCAGGAGAACCAUGAUAGAUAUGGUGACUAUAAUACUGGUCGUGCGAUGUUGUUCGCGCAUGCACCGUAUUAUCUCAAGUUCCACGAGAUCAUCACGGGCGGCUGGACCGCUUGGGUCGAUCAUGCCGAGUGGGUACGUGAGACGUAUUGGCGAGUAAAUGCAGUAAAACAGAACGGUCGGGGGGAUGCAUUGAUCGUCGGUCCAAACGUCUACCGCAACUCCAUGGAGAAGUCAGUGAUUGACUUGAGCAUCUUUGAGGAGCAUUUCUUCGAAAAUGAGAAAGAUUACGAGGAAGAAGAGGAGACGGGCGAAUAAAACGAUAACAGACAGUGUUGGCUUCUCCCGCUCAGACCACGGAGCGCCUGAUUUUCUGCCACAACUUGCACUGGACCUUGUACCGAUUAUAAUUUAGGCGGAAAUAGGACCGUCAUGUAUAAGCUCGUCGUCUCUCUCGUUCCAUCGAGUAAUCGCGUGUUGCGUACUCACUCGAUAUUCGAUAUUGUAACACGAACUGAGGGCCCCUCCAC